AUGUUAAGAAGUAGGCUAGUCAAUUCGAUUAAUUCUUCCGGAAUUGUAUCUGUUUUAGCUAUUGAUGAUUCAUGUAGAUUGUUAGUUGCCAAAAACAAUGGGGACAUUGAGGUCUAUAUAACAGAUCAUGAUAUCAAUGGAACUUUUAAUAAUUCAUACUCAUCUGACAGUUCAAAUUCUCUUACAGAAAGUGUCUCUAUACCAUUGAAAUUUAAAUUAUCUCAGAUAUAUUCUAAUUUAUUAAGAAAUUUGCCCAAUGCCUCUAAUCUAGAUUUACAUAUACAGGAUAUGUUGUAUUCUGAACAAUUAAAUACUAUUUUCAUAAAGUGUAAGUCUAUGUUAGUGUUACUCAAUAGUGCUAAUCUCCAAGUGUAUGAUAAAAUAUAUGAUAAGAGAGGCAUUAAUCAAGUUUGGGUUAAAACUUAUAUGGAUAACUUGAACAAUUCUAGUAUUACUAAACCAUCUGAUGAUAAUAUUAAUAGUAACAAAGUCUGUAACAUAAAUAUUGGUAGUAAUGGUGAUCCUAUCACAUAUUUAGUUUAUUCUACUACAAAAGCGUCUACUUUAAGGGUAUUAUUUUGGAGGGGAAGAACUUACAAUCAAAUGUUGGAAAUAAAUUUACCAAAACACUUAAAAGAUCAGACAAUUAAAUCAAUACAUAUAGUUUCUAAAGGUGAUGCAAUGCUAUUUACUAUGUCGAGUGGUGUCUACAUUUGGUAUUUUAAAGAAAUAAAAAAUGAUAGCUUAUCUAAUGCUUCAUCUAAAGCUUUCUCUACGCAGUCGUCAGGGGCUCUUUUGAAAAUUAGCCAAGUUUAUUCAAAACGAUACCCUGAUAAUGUUGUUGAUGCAAUAUUUAGUUUGAAAGGAUUGUAUUCAACUGAGAAUGGAAUAAGUACCCCAUCAUUUUCGUCAUUGGGGAAUAUACCCAUGGUCAGCAAUGAUUCAAGGCAAACAAAAUAUACAUUCUGGAGAUCAGUUGAGAAGAAAUACAAAAAAAAGGACACAAUUGAGCCGAAUAUGGUUUCAAGCACUAAUUAUAAGGAUAUAAGAUAUAUUUUUGAACCUUCAAAUAAUCAAAUAUUAAUUCUUGAUGGGAUUACACAAAACAUGUUUACAGUAGAUAUUGAUGAUCAAGAAAGUAAACUAAUUGCUGUCGAUAAAAAACAAUUUUUUCAAUGGAAUAAGUAUUUUAAUCACUGUGAAAACAUAUCGUCUGAUUUGUUAUUGUUACAUAAUAAAAACACUAUUAAAUUUGUUGAUUAUAAUAAUGGUUUUACCUUUUUAGAAGAAAGAAUUGAUCAAGGAAUUAAGAAAGUUAUUAAUUUGGCUGGAAUAUAUUAUAUUGUGUGGACACUUGAUGACCAGUUAUUAAUGUACAUCUACCAGGUUGAUGAUGAUGAAGGUGAACAUCUAGGUGGAUAUCUGUCAACACAUAAUAGUCCACGUAUGAGCAACGUUAGUCUCUUGUAUGAAAAUAAUCCGGAAAAUAGUAAUGACAGUCAAUCGCAUAGUAGCGAAUUUUCUAUCUGUGCAAUGUAUCAUGAUUCAAACUUUUAUCAUCUUUGGAGAAAGGUUUUGUUUUACAGAUUUUUUCUUAAGUCUCCUUAUGCAUUACAGCUGUGUAUUUCAGAUGAUCCAUAUAAAUCUUUAGAUAUAUGUGCAAUGAAGUUAAGAGAAUUAACUGUUAUGUGGUGCCUUCAAAUGUUUGACGCUCUACAAAAUACAAUUGUAGGGCUUCGUAAUAAUAAUACAUAUAAAGAUAAAUUAAAGAGCAAGCAAAGUUUUAUCGAAUAUCUGAAUAAACUUGAAGAAAUUAUUAUCAGAGAUAUUUUCAACAUGUUCAUAACUAUGUGGGCACCACCUCAAUUAAUUAUUCUUAAAACUUUUCCUAAAGAGAUAUCAUAUUUAGUGGAACUAAUUACUCAACAAGAACAUAAAUGCAAUAGUUUGUCAUCUCAAAAUAAAGGAGAAAGUUAUAAGAUUAAUCCGAUACUAAUAAAGGAAUGGGUCUUGCCAUAUUUAAUUGAUAUGAGACGUCAUUUAAGAAAUUUGUUGGUGAAACAACAGAAGAGUUCUUCUGAAGGGACCAUCACUUGGAAUUAUGAAAGUAGGCACAUAUCUCAGGAUUUAGAUUUUUUUUUAUUAGACAGUCAUGAUUCAAUAAAAAUAGAAACAAUGGUAUCCUUAGUAGAGACUGUUCUUUUCAAAGUAUAUGUUUUAUAUGUUCCAUCAAUGGUUGGACCAUUUAUUAGAGUUGAGAAUUUAUGUUAUGAGGAAGUAGUUAUCAACGAUUUAAAAGAAAAGAAGAUGUAUCAAGAACUUCUUGAUUUUUAUUAUCAUAAGGAAGUGCAUCAUGAUGCACUAGAGUUUCUAUUUGAUUUGAACGAUAAAUUCAAAGAUAAUCGAAUUGGACCAAACAUGAGCAUAAAAGAUUUUAUUAUUAAAUAUUUAAUGUUAUUACCAAAUGAAAAUUUAGAUGAUUUAUUUUUUUAUCUUACUAAGCUGCUUGAACAGAUUAGUGAUAUACACGUAAGAAAUAAUGUUUUGGUAUCUAUAUUUGAAAAUUGUAACAUUAUUAACCUUAAAAGAGACAGCUUAAAAAUUUAUAGUUAUUUGAAAAAUAUCGAUAAAGCAUUAUCAUUAGAAUAUUUAGAAUUUAUUAUUCAUACCGUCUAUGAUAUAAAUCCUAAAAUGCAUAAUUAUCUUGUACGAAGAUAUAUUUCUGAUCUCAACGACAUAAACAAUAAGAAAUUACAAGAUUUUCUUAAAAAUAAUUCGCAGUAUAAUCCAUCUGACAUUAUUGUACUUUUGAAAAAUGCAAUAUCUGAUGAAACAUUGACGCCAGAAAUGAAAAACUUUGUUUUAUUAAUGCAAGUUUACCCAUAUUACAGGUUGCAUAAACAUGAGAUAUCAAUUGAUAUUUUAUUUAAUAAAUUAGGUGAUUACAAAGAAGCUCGAGAAUACUGCAAUAAAGUUUAUCUAGCAAAUCGUACAGUAGGUUCUGGAAUAUUACUCUACUUAUUGAAAGCAAUUAUUGAAAAGUCAAAUUAUAGAGCUGGGGAUCACUCAAGUAACGAAUUAUUAGUUAUAUUUUUAAAGGACUAUAGAGAUAAAUUAGAUAUUGUCCAAACUUUGAAGACACUUCCAGUUGGGCUCCCAGUAAAGGAUAUUAAAGAUUUGUUAGUUUUUGCUAUAAGGCAUCAGAAGACAAAAGAUGAGGAUUUUUCUUUGAAGAAAAAUAUCAUGCAGAAUGAACUAACUAAUUUGAAUUAUUCUAUUAACCAUAAAUCUGCAAAAUUUAUUGAGGUAAAUUCAAAUAAUAUUUGUUAUGUUUGUAAAAAAAAGUUUCAUUCGUUGACUACAGAUAGUGUUUUUUGGUGUUAUAUGCCGAAUGGAAAGGAAAUCAUUGUGCAUUAUAAUUGUGGUAAAUCUUUGGAAAAGAGAUCAGUAAUAAAUAAAAAGAAUUUAUUACCUACUAAUAAAGCAGAAAAGAUGGACUUGAGUGCACUGAGGAGGUAUGUAUUUGAGAAUAAUAAGUAA